AUGUCGGGCGAAACACCCAGCUCCUCCAGCGCCAAGGACGCUAACGCGCUGGCCAUCAUGUCCUCCGCGCACACGGUCGAGGGCAUGGACCGCGCCGAAGACGCCAACGCCCGCGUCAUGAUGAAGCUCUCGACCAACGCCAAGCGCGGCCUCGGCGGCGUCGUCGCGUGCGCACUCGCGCAGGUCAACGACGGCUCCGCCCACCGCGAGUGGGCGCAAACGUACUUCCGCUUCCUCAUGGAGCAGUGCUUGGACCUUCCGCUGCACAUGAUUGAAGGUCUCCUCCCGAUCGUCGCCAUGGAGCGGGCGCGGUCGUCGCGGGACAGGGCGACCAUGCUGGCCGACGACGCUGCCGAGGACCACGCCUCCCUGAACCUCUCGCCGCGCACGCUGCGCGAGACGCCCAUGAACAGCCGGCCCUUCGUCGCGCUCGUCGAAGCGGACAUUACGUGCGACGAGCUCAUCGCGGUCUUGCACUACAUGCUGUGGAAGACCACCAACGCGGUCGGCUACGACGCCCGCGCGCGGAGCAUGUUUCGCUUCCUCGUGCACGAGAUAUACGAGCUGCCGUGGACCGUCAUCGCGUCCGAGGAGUCGGCGCUUGGUAUGGCGCUCUUCCUCGAGGCGAACGAGCUCAAGAGCCGCAAGGUUGAGAGCCCGCCGUUGGCCUCGGCGGGCGGGGUCACGGCCGCCACCGUGCUCUUUGGAACGGCCGGCGCGGGCCUCGCCGGCUACAAGACGGACCGGCGCACGUCGGGCAUCAAGCAGUUUGAGUUUGAGCUCUUGACGGCCGGUAGUGGCAUGAACGUGUACAUUUGCGUUUCGGGCUGGCUCGAGAACAACUCGGAGGCCGACUUUAAGCGGCCGUGGGGCACGCCGCGCGAGUACCUCUACGCGUUUUACAAGCAGUACAACCCCGAGAAGGUCUCGUCUAUCGAUGCGAUGCUACUGCGCUUCCGCGGCCGCGAAGACGAGCUUUUUGCUUCGCUUCGGCGCCAAUAUGGCCUCGCACCUGAUGAAGAUCCUGUCGGCGUGCGCCUCGAGAACGUGGUGGAAGGCAAGGACGCGCCGACGCCCGACCAGCUCUGCGCGUGGCAGUGGAAGCACCGCAUGGCCCACGGCGACCAGUUUUGCCUCAAGUGGGAGAAGGACGUCUUGCUGCGCUACGGCACGUGCAUCCGCAACUUUACAACCAAGAUGGUGCUCGGCUACGCACGCGGCGAGAUCGUCAAGUACACGGUGUUUGCGGCGCUCUUUGCGGCCGCGGCGCUGCCGACCAUGGUCGUCAACGCGUGCAGCUACAUUGACUCGGAGUGGACCAUGGCCAUGAGCCGCGCGGACAUGUGCGGCAAGCUGCUGGCCACCGCGCUUCUGCAACGCGAGCAAGGCUUGCGCCCCGUGAGCCUCAUCGGCUACGGCAUGGGCGCUCGUCUCAUUUUCGCGUGCCUCAAGCACCUUGCUGCCGAAGAGGGCGUUGGUCUGAUUGAGAAUGCAGUCUUGCUCGGGUGUCCGAUUCCAGUCGUCGAGGCCGACUGGGCGAGCGCCCGCAAGGUCGUGGCCGGCCGCCUCGUCAACGGCUACUCGGAGAACGACUGGAUGCUCGCCGUCAUGUACCGCUACCAGGGCUGGGCGCUGGACUCGGCGGGCAUUAGCCCCAUUGAAGUUCACGGCGUGGAGAAUGUCAAUUUGAGUCAUGUCAUUGGCGGCCAUCUCGAGUACCCGACCAAGAUUGGGCUGAUCCUGGACCUGCUGCAUUUGGAAGACUAG